CAAACAAUUAGCAGAGAGAGAGAGAGAGAGAGAGAGAGGAGUGUGACACGGUACAACAACAAAUUAGGAUUCCAAACUGUGCAAGAUUGGAGAUGAGAGUAAGGGGAAAAAAAAGUAGCUGGCAAAGCAAAAUAACAGAGACCAUGAGAGUGCAACUUAGUCUGGCUCCUGUCAACCUUAUCAAAAGUGUUUUGAUAAUAAAAGCUGCACCAAUGUCUAUCUCUUUAUUGGCCUCUGGGUGCUUUUCCUCCAUGUUUGGUGAUGUAGCUAACAAAGGGAGGAUUCCACCACAAGUUGACUUUCAAGCAGGGUCUUGGUGGUCCAUAGACUCUGAUGCUCCUUGUCUUCUUGUGUUUGCUGAUACUGAUAAGGCUGUUUCAACUCACCUAAUCUCAUCUUACAAUUCUGGGGGGAUGACAGCAUAGGUCUCCUGGUCCGCAAAUUGUGGAUCAGGGGAUGGUCCACUGAUCUAGACUUUUGAUUUGAAUGGAUCCCAUCUUUAAAUAAGUGGGGUUCAUUCAAAUCAAAGGUCCACAUGUAGUGGACCAUCUCCUGGUCCGCAAUUUGCGGACCAAAAGAUCUGCUCCCGGGGGAUGAGGGAUCUACAAAAGGAUGAUAGUAUGAUCUUCAUGCUAACUUCAGAAGAUAUUCCCUUUAUUUAGGUGCUGAGAGAACAUGAACAAGUUGAUGUGAUGUUGGUGAUAAGACAGCUCCCAUUUGAGUCAAUCAUGGAGAUGAUAAUAACUUAAUGAAGCAUGCAUGAUGAACAGAAUUGGACAAAAGGACAACAAAGAGAAUCACCACAAUGUACUAUGAUGGGUAUUUAUAUGAAAGUUUUAGAAAUUUUCUAGUUUUUUUAGGGUUAAUUUGUUGAUUUCAGGCUAAGUUAACUCAAAUACCUCACAAAUUAUUCAUUUGUUUUGUUUUCAUAGGGGAUUUUAGUCGUUGACUUGCCCCUAUUUACAGUGAAAUCAACGUUU